GCUAUCGAAAUAAUUUGGAUAACAAGCACAACGAACGCGGGCCAUCCCGAUGAAGGAUCUGAGUUCAUGACACAUAGCUACAUGGAUAGCAAUUCCUUGUACUCUCUACCACUUCUGAGAAUAUGUCGCAAGGACUAGAAAUGAAUUCAUCCAGCCUCAGUGUUGCUAAGACACAGCUUCGCUCUUUAAUGAAGCAGCGUCUAGCAAGUCUCUCACAAGAAUCUAUUACCUCUCAGAGCAUAAAAGUCUUCGACUCAUUAUCCAAAUUCAAGCCAUACGUGGAUGCGAAGAGAGUGGCGGUCUACCUGUCCAUGCCAGGUGGAGAGAUCCAAACAGACCCCAUUGUCAGACAUGCUAUAUCGUCCGGUAAACAGGUAUUCGUCCCUUACUUGCAUAAGUCAAGGUUGCGACCGGGCGACGGGCCGACUAGGCUGAUGGACAUGGUGAGUCUAAAGAGUAUCGAGGACUACGAAUCUUUGCAAAGAGACAAGUGGGGUAUUCCAAGUAUUGAUGCUGCUACGGUACAUGAAAGGAAGCGGAGUGUGGGUGAACUUGGCGGGGAUAAGUCUGAAGAUGUCUCUUUGGAUUUAAUUCUUCUGCCUGGCGUUGCUUUCGACAUUGACCCCAAUUCUCAAGCUGUUCGAAGACUAGGUCACGGCAAGGGUUUUUACGAUUAUUUCCUUCAUCGAUACACAUUGGCUACUUCGCCCGAGCAGAUGUCCUUAAAUGGCCGGCCAGCUGUAUUGCUAUAUGCUCUAGCAUUGAAGGAGCAAUUCCUUUCCUCAUCUUCAGGAGAAUCCGUGCCCGUUGGACCCCACGAUCAACCGAUAGAUGGCCUCUUCCUCGGGGAUGGUCAAAUCAAAGAGUCUGCGAAAUGCAACGACGCAAACUAAAAUGAGUACGCCCCGACCGUAUUUGAGCGUCCCUGUUUAUCCUCGGUGGUAUCAUUUUAUAAUUAUGCAUGGAAACAUAACUCCCUCGUGGGCCAAUUUCCGUCCUGUUGGAGUAUUUGUUCCUCGUCCCACCUCAUACAGCUUCUUGGAUCAAUGACACGUUAUCGCCCUUGAGUAGAAUUUGUCCUGAGG